GUCUCAGUCUUCAUCAGAGAAGAGAGCAUUCUCAUGUCAAAGAUCUUUGUCUUCUUAAACUCUAUCUGAACUGUAACUGUUAGGAUCCCACAUUUUAAGCCCCUUCCUCUGAAAAAGUUGACUUCUUUAGCUUUUAUGUUAUCUGUUGCAUUAAUGGUGGAAUAUUAUGAAAGCUAGGGCUCAUCUGUAGGACCCAGAAACUCAGAAAGGGUCCUUUGAGCUAGAGAGAGUUAUAGAGAGGGAAGGGAUGAAGGAGGUCUUUGGGAGUCCAGGGAAGGUGAGUGGGCUGGCACUGAGAAUUGGGCAGUGCUCUUUUGCUGCUGCUUCUAUUGGAGUGAUGGUCUCUGCCCAUGGCUUCUUCAACUCCACUGCAUUUUGCUAUUUAAUUGCAUCAAUGGGGCUUCAAGUUCUUUGGAGUUUGGGACUUGCUUGCCUUGAUUUGCAUGCUUUGAGGUCAAAGAGAAGCUUGCAGAAUCCUGUUUUAGUAAGCCUAUUUGUUGUUGGGGAUUGGGUGACAGCUAUUCUGUCGUUGGCCGCUGCAUGCUCAUCAGCUGGAGUGACAGUUCUGUAUUCGAGAGAUUUGAAUUACUGCGGGCCACCGGCACAACUUCCAUGCAGCAGGUUCCAAAUUGCUGUUGCUUUCGCUUUUAUCUCAUGGUUCCUCCUUGCUGUUUCGUCCAUUGUCAUGUUUUGGUUGCUAGGUGCAGUAUGAGUGACAACUUACACCAUCACAGCAAACUACAUUAUUCUUCAAUUUUCCCCUGUAAAUAUUAUGUUACACUUAAAAACAAAUCAGUUUUGUUGAGAACACCUCACAACUAUUUUUUCUGUUGUCUUCUGGGUCCAUAUAUCUCUAAUCAAAGUGGGUUGGUAUGAAGAUUGUAAUCAUUUACCCUCCAUUAUUG